GGGGCAUUUGGGCUCAUGUUCAGUGGAACACUAAUUUCCUACAGACUUCCAUGGAAAUGGACAGACAGACGUCCCCAGCUUAGGGACAGGAUCGAUCCGUACGGGUUUGAAAGGCCUGAGGACUUUGAUUAUGCAGCUUAUGAAGAAUUUUUUUCCACCUAUCUGGCGAUACUCACCAGAAGAGCCAUAAAAUGGUCCAGACUGCUAAAGGGAGGCGCUGGUGUCCAGAAGAGUGUGACACUGAAGCGCUACAUCCGGAAGGGCGUCCCGCUGGAGCACCGGGCCCGCGUCUGGAUGGGGGUGAGCGGAGCCCAGGCCCAGAUGGACCAGAACCCCGGCUACUACCUCCAUCUCCUCCAGGGAGAGAAGGAUGACAGCCUGGAGGAGGCCAUCAGGACAGACAUGAACAGGACCUUCCCUGACAACGUGCGGUUCCGGAAGGGCUCGGACCCCUGCUUGCAGAGGACCCUGUACAACGUGCUGCUGGCCUACGGGCACCACAACCGUGGCGUGGGCUACUGCCAGGGAAUGAACUUUCUAGCGGGCUAUCUGAUUCUGGUGACAAGGAGUGAAGAGGAGUCCUUUUGGCUGUUGGACGCCCUUGUUGGCAGAAUACUCCCGGAUUACUACAGCCCCUCGAUGCUGGGCCUGAAGACGGACCAGGAGGUCCUCGGGGAGCUGGUAAGGACCAAGCUGCCGGCGGUGGCGGCCCUGAUGGACAGUCACGGCCUGCUGUGGACCCUGGUCGUGUCGCGCUGGUUCAUCUGCCUGUUUGUGGACGUCCUGCCCGUGGAGACCGUGCUUCGCAUCUGGGAUUGUCUGUUCAACGAGGGCUCUAAGAUCAUCUUCCGGGUGGCACUGACCCUCAUCAAGGAACAUCAGGCCUUGAUCUUGGAAGCCACCAGCGUCCCCGACAUCUGCGAGAAGUUCAAGGACAUCACCAGAGGGAGCUUCGUGACUGAAUGCCACACCUUCAUGCGGUCUGCUCACCGAUGGCCCUGACCGGCUUCCGAGCUGCUGCGGGCAGAGUCAAAACGAAAAGAGCCCAUGCAGGAAGGGCAAAAGCAAAAUCAGGGCUUCUGUGCAGCAACGGACACCAGCAGCAGAGUGAAGAGGGAACUCACAGAACAGGAGAGACUGUGCAAACCACGGCUGCUAAGGGGUCAACAUCCAGACACACAGAGACCACAGCACAACAAGGAGCCAAGGAAUUACAUUUAAAAACGGGCAGAGCGGAUUUCUCUGGUGGCGCAGUGGUCAGGGGACACAGGUUCGAGCCCUGGUCUGGGAAGAUCCCACAUGCCGCAGAGCAGCUAAGCCCAUGCGCCACAACUACUGAGCCUGUGCUCUAGAGCCUGUGAGCCACAACUACUGAGCCCACAUACCACAACUACUGAAGCCCGCAUACCUAGAGCUUGUGCUCCACAACAAGAGAAGCCCACGCACCGCAACGAAGACCCAACACAGCCAUAAAUUUUUAAAAAAGAAAAAGAAAAAUGGGCAGAGGGACUUCACUGGCGGUCCAGUGCUUAAAACUCCACGCUUCUAAUGCAGGGGGCACAGGUUUGAUCCCUGGUCAGGGAGCUAAGAUCCCACAUGCCGUGCAGCGUGGCCAAAAUGUUUUAAAAAAAGUUUUAAAUGGGCAGAGGGCCUGAGUAGAUCCUAUCCAAAAAAGACAUACAGGUAGCCAACAGGUACACGAAAAGAUGCUCAGUAUCGCUCGUCAUCAGGGAAAUGCAAGUCAAAACCACAGUGAGCAAUCACCUCACACCUGGCAGAAUGGCCAUCAUCAAAAAGACCACAAAUAACAAAUGUUUGUGAGGAUGUGGAGAAAAGGGAACCCUAUUCAUACAUUGUUGGUGGGAAUGUAAAUUGGUGCAGGCACUGUGAAAAACAGUAUGGAGGUCCUCAAAAGACUAAAAAUAGAACUACCAUAAGAUCCAGCAAUCCCACUACUGGGCACUUAUCCAAAGGAAAUGAAAUCAGGGUCUCUAAGAGACCCCAGCCCGCCCACGUUCACUGCAGCAUCACAGUAGCCAAGGCAUGGAAACAACCUGAAUGCCCAUACAGAUGCAUGGAUAAACAAGACAUGGUCCAUCCAUGCAGCGGGGUUUUAUCCAGCCUCGAAAAGGAAGGUCCUGAUACCUGCUACCACGUGGAUGAACCUGGAGGACAUUAUGCUUGGUAAUUUGUCACAAAAGGACAAAAACUGUCUGAUUCCACAUAUGUGAGGCCCCUGGAGGAGUCAGAUUCAUAGAGACAGAAGCGGGGUGCUGGGGACAGAGUUGGGUUUGGGAAGAUGAGAAGGUUCUGGAGAUCUGAUGCCCAACAUGUGAACAUAGCUUACACCACCCAGCCACACACCUGGAGUGGCUAGGAUGUAAAUUAUUGGGUGGGCCAAGAGGUUCGUCGUUUUCUCUGUAAGAUGGCUCUAGUAGCACUUAGCUGUCUUUAACUUCAUUCAAAACAAUUUUGUUCAACAGAGUUUUGGAAGUCCUAGCCACAGCAAUUAGAGAAGAGAAAGAAAGAAAAGGAAUACAAAUUGGAAAAGAAGUAAAACUGUCACUGUUUGCAGAUGACAUGAUACUAUACAUAGAGAAUCCUAAAGAUGCCACCAGAAAACUACUAGAACUAAUCAAUGAAUUCGGUAAGGUUGCAGGAUACAAAAUUAAUGCACAGAAAUCUCUGGCAUUCCUAUACACUAAUAAUGAAAAAUAAGAAAGAGAAAUUAAGGAAACAAUCUCAUUUACCAUCGCAACAAAAAGAAUAAAAUACCUAGGAAUAAACCUACCUAAGGAGGCGAAAGAUUUGUACUCAGAAAACUUUAUAAAACACUGAUGAAAGAAAUCAAAGAUGACAUAAACAGGUGGAGAAAUAUACAGUGUUCUUGGAUUGGAAGAAUCAAUAUUGUGAAAAUGACUAUGCUAUCCAAAGCAAUCUGCAGAUUCAGUGCAGUCCCUAUCAAAUUACCAAUGGCAUUCUUUACAGAAUUAGAACAAAAAAUUUUACAAUUCGUAUGGAAACACAAAAGACCCUGAAUUACCAAAGCAAUCUUGAGAACGAAAAACGGAGCUGGAGGAAUCAGGCUCCCUGACUUCAGACUAUACUACAAAGCUACAGUAAUCAAGACAGUAUGGUACUGGCACAAAAACAGAAAUAUAGCUCAAUGGUACAGGAUAGAAAGCCCAGAGAUAAACCCACCCACAUAUGGGCACCUAAUUUACGGCAAAGGAGGCAAGAACAUACAAUGGAGAAAAGACAGCCUCUUCAAUAAGUGGUGCUGGGAAAACUGGACAGGUACAUGUAAAAGCAUGAAAUUAGAACACUCCCUAACACCAUACACAAAAAUAAACUUCAAAUGGAUUAAAGACCUAAAUGUAAGACCAGACACUAUAAAACUCUUAGAGGAAAACAUAGGAAAAACACUCUCUGAUAUAAACCACAGCAAGAUCUUUCUUGACCCACCUCCUAGAGUAAUGAAAAUAAAACCAAAAAUAAACAAAUGGGACUGAAUUAAAAGCUUUUGCACAGCAAAGGAAACCAUAAACAAGACGAAAAGACAACCCUCAGAAUGGGAGAAAACAUUUGCAAAUGAAACAACGGACAAAGGAUUAAUCUCCAAAAUAUAUAAACAGCUCAUGGAGCUCAAUUUCAGAAAAACAAACAACCCAAUUAAAAAUUGGGCAGAAGACCUAAAUAGACAUUUCACCAAAGAAGACGUAUAGAUGGCCAAAAGACACAUGAAAAGAUGCUCAACAUCACUAAUUAUUAGAGAAAUGCAAAUCAAAACUACAAUGAGGUACCACCUCACACCAGUCAGAAUGGCCAUCAUCAAAAAAUCUAGAAACAGUAAAUGCUGGAGAGGGUGUGGAGAAAAGGGAGCCCUCCUGCACUGUUGGUGGGAAUGUAAAUUGCUACAGCCACUGUGGAGAACAGUAUGGAGGGUCCUUAAAAAACUAAAAAUGGAACUACCAUAUGAUGCAGCAAUCCCACUACUGGGCAUAUACCCUGAGAAAACCAUAAUUCAAAAAGAGUCAUGUACCACAAUGUUCGCUGCAGCUCUAUUUACAAUAGCCAGGACAUGGAACCAACCUAAAUGUCCAUCGACGGAUGAAUGGAUAAAGAAGAUGUGGCACAUAUAUACAAUGGAAUAUUACUCAGCCAUAAAAAGAAUGAAACUGAGAUACUUGUAGUGAGGUGGGUGCACCUAGAGUCUGUCACACAGAGUGAAGUAAGUCAGAAAGAGAAAAACAAA